AUGAAGUCCGCUUCGUUAUGGGCUGUCCUUCCUUCGUUACUCGCAAGCUCUGCAUGGGCUACGUUCCCUAUAUCCAGCGUCAAGCGGGAAUCCAACCUUCCCGUUGUGCCGAACAAGUUUAUCGUCGAGGUAGACGUGCUUUCCAACAUACCCAAUAAACGCUCUUUUACUCGUUCUCUCGACGCAGUGUACGAUUUACUCAAGUCGCGUGAUGUCUCUUUCCAAGUCGACAAAGAAUACGAUUCACCAGACCUCUUCGUCGGAGCUGCUUUGACUGUCACAGAUGCAAUCGCCCUCCAAAACAGCCCAGGCAUCAAAGCCAUCCGCCCCGUAACGACCUUCCAAAGGCCCAAACCCGUCAGCGUACACGUCGUUUCCGGUCCCUACGAUCCAGCCAUCCCACCAGACUCGGAAUCGACCCAUAUCCUCACCGGCGUCGAUAAGCUGCACGCAAAAGGUAUCACCGGAAAGGGCAUCAAGAUCGGGAUCAUCGACACUGGUAUUGACUAUACCCAUCCUUUACUUGGUGGAAAUUUUGGCCCAGGGAAUAAGGUCAUUGGGGGAUAUGAUUUCGUUGGAGAUAAGUAUGAUGGUACCAAUACCCCUGUCCCAGAUAACGACCCCCUCGAUCAAUGUGCGGGCCAUGGAACCCACGUAGCUGGCAUUAUUGGUGCUAACCCCGGAAACCAGUUCAAUAUUAGCGGUGUGGCGUACGACUCGUCUCUCUCUGCUUAUAGAGUGUUUGGGUGCACUGGGUCGGUGACUGAUGAUAUCAUCGUCGAAGCUCUGCUAAGGGGUGUCAAAGACGGCCAAGAUAUAUUGACACUCUCGUUGGGCGGUCCAGACGGAUGGACUGAAUCGUCAAGUAGUGUAGUGGCGAGCAGGAUCGCUGCGUCCGGAAAGGUCGUCACUAUCGCUGCUGGAAACGACGGUGCCUCUGGGUCUUGGUACAGCUCCAGUCCAGGGAACGGCGUCGACGUGAUUUCCGUAUCUAGCGUGGACAACACCGUCGUUCCUCUACAAAAACUCAACGUCAACGGCGUCCCACACGACCAAAUUAUCUAUUUUGCCACUUUCCCCUUGCCUACGCCUGGGGAUUUACCUAUUUAUGCUACGUCAAAGGAUACGACUAUCGUUGAUGAUGCUUGCGAGCCUCUUCCGGAUAGUACCCCUGAUUUGUCCAAGUUUGUGGUGAUUGUCAGGCGUGGGACGUGUUCUUUCGUUACAAAGUUGACAAAUGUUGCUGCAAAGGGGGCGAAGACUACUUUGAUCUAUGAUAAUGGAAAUGGCUUCGCUGGCAUUUCAGUUGGUACCUUCAACGCUGCUCUUAUCCAAGCUGCCGAUGGAGAAUUCGCAAGUUAUCUUCAUAUCCUGGUUCAACAAUUUGCUGCUAAUGCCCCUAUCACCAUUUCCUUCCCUCAAACAGGAGGAUCGGUCAACUUCCCAGAUCCCAAGGGAGGCUUGAUCUCCUCAUUCACCAGCUACGGCCCAUCCAACGAUUUUUACUUCAAACCCGCUCUAGCCGCUCCAGGCGGAAACAUCCUCUCCACCCUACCAACCACCCAAGGCUCCUUCGGAGUCGAAUCCGGCACGUCCAUGGCAACGCCCUUCGUAGCAGGCAGCGCCGCCCUCCUCUUCUCCGUCAAAGGCAAAUCGGCGUCCGUGGGCAAGAGUGCUCGGACGUUGUUUGAGACGACUGCGAAGAGGGUGCCGUCUAGCCAUACGGAUGGUGAUCCGUUGCAGACGGUUUCGCAGCAGGGGGCGGGGCUGAUUAAUGUUUUUGAUGCUGUUUAUGCGACGACGGUUGUUGAGCCUGGUGAACUUGUGUUGAAUGAUACGGCGCAUUUUAAAGGAGUGCAAACGUUCAGUGUGAAGAAUACUGGUAAUGCUUCGAAGAAAUAUAAGCUUACUCAUUUCCCUGCUGGGACUGCUUUGACUGUUAACGCGACAACCCAAUUCGCCUCCUUAGGACCCGUCCCACUCACCAAAACUUCCGCCUCCGUCACCCUCGUCCCCAACACAUUCACCCUCCGCCCCGGAUCAUCCCAAAUCGUCGCAGCCAUCUUCUCCCCACCAAAAGGCCUCAACGCCGCCACCUAUCCCCUAUACUCUGGGUUCAUCGAAAUCGCGGCUCCUUCGGAGAACUUGCACGUCACGUAUAUAGGGCUGGCAGCAUCGUUGAAGGAUAAACAGGUUGUGGAUAAUAGUGACAUUUUCUUUGGGGAGAAGAUACCUGCUUUGAUUGAUUCGAAGGGUGAUGUACAGAAGUCUCCGACGAAUUAUACGUUUGUUGGUACGGAUGUGCCUACUUUGCUUUGGAGGUUGACGUUUGGAACGCCUUCGUUCCGUGCUGACCUUGUAGACCCCAAUAUCAAGAUCGCCACGACGCUUAGCAGCCGUGGACUGUUUGGCAGCCUACCCUUUUUCACGUUCCCGCAUCCGCAGAAGGGGGGCUCGUUUGCUCAGGUCAAGGUUGUUGGCACGCUGGCCGAGUUGAAUUAUAUUCCUCGGAAUAGUGAGAACCCGAGUGACAACGGAUACAGCAGCUUUGCGCUCAACUCGCCCACAUUCGCGAAUGGGACUGCUAUUCCGAGUGGGUCGUAUCGCGUGUUGAUUAGGGCUUUGAGGGUUACGGGGAAUCCUGCUAGGGAGGAGGACUAUGAUUCGUGGUUGAGUCCUGUUUUGGGGGUUUAUCCGAAGUAG